CAUCCUCUCAUCAACUGUCUUUAUUUCUCUCUAGGAUGCCAACGGCAUGAAUUUAUUUCUCCCCUGAAUAACUGCUGGAAUGUUGGUGCGUUUAGUGCAGAGGACAGCGAGCAGACUUAUCUGUGUCAUGCAGCGCGUUGUGCUUUUUAUCUGCCCCCGACACACCGCCUCUCGCUGGGGAAGUGUCACUUCACCCCUCCUCUUCCUCCACCGCCUCACCCCUGUUGACUCCCCGCUCACCCUGGCCCCGCUCCCGGUGUGUGGAUGCCAGCAGCUGGUAAUGAUGGAGCCCACCGUUGUCACACACCAACCCUUUUUUUUAGGGUCCAGGUUUAAAGAGAAAGAAGACGGAGGCCUCCCUGCAGGAAGUAGCGCUAAUGGGAGAUCGAACAGUGCCCCUUUUGCGAGCGUGGUCGCACUGACGCAACCCGGUCUGGGCGUCACCACGACAACCAUUACCACCAUCACACAGACGGGGGGUACCUGGAGCACUGGCCUGCUUGACUUUGAUGCGGACACAAGCACAUGUGUCGUCGGCGCUGUAGCGCCGUGCUGUUUGGACCUGAGUCUAGCACAUCAGUACGGCGAGAGUGUUUGUUUGCCUCUUCUCCCCGGAUCCACCGUUGCUAUGAGGGUCGCACUCAGGGAGCGGUACAAGAUACAAGGCAACAUAUGUGACGACUGGACCGCCGUAUGUUGCUGCUACUCCCUGGCCCUGUGUCAGAUGGUGCGAGAGAGCAAGCAACGCACGACGACGCGGACGUACCACGUUUCCACCGCGCUGGAGUCCUCCUGACUGGACCCCAAAAGUAAACAAAUAUGCUUCCUUCUUGCCUCACAAAGCACUUCUUACAGCAGUUUAAUGGAACAAAAGCAAUGCUCGACUCUCGGAUUUUCAUCAGAAUGCAUUAUCGCAAAAAUGCAUUAUUUUACUGCACGCAGUAUGAGAGAUACGAGCCUCGUAAUCUUAGCGGCCGCCUCGCUACAGCGCUUUAUGGAUUAUGCAGGUUUUUAAAUUUUGCCUGGCACACCAAAGGUCAGCUGACACUUUAAAUGUGCUCUCUUUUAUAUACGGCGCAUUUUGGCCUGCAAAAAUCUCUGGCUUGCCAAAGUGUAAAUCACCUUUAAGGUGACUUUCCAUACGUUUAUGUACGUUAUUCAGUUAUCCAUACCUGCCAACAUUGAUUUAAUGAAUUCAUCCUGAUUGCUGCGCUUCCCUCAACUUAAAAUGCUGGCCAGCAAGAGCCAACACACACACACACACACACACACACACACACACACACUAAGGAUGUGAAAAUAUCAUUAUAACAUAAAGCAGAUGGGUGCUCAAAGGGCACAAAUGUAAUUGGUUACCUCUAGUGGAUAUGAGUGACGAGCUGGCAGCUAUUUCACUCAGUUUGAAUAUGAUGAGAUUACCUGUGCCAAAACAGGAUUUUACAGGAGUCUUCUAGGAAAAGUCAGGUUUUUAUGCCCAGAUACGGAAUGUUGCAAUAACUGUGGACUUGAGAAAAGGGCAGAAAACAACGGAUACUAUGGAAAAGGAUGCUAUUUUUUUGAGGGAGGGGGUCUGGUUGGUUCCCUCGCUGUUAAUUUCUUCGGGAGGUUUUUAAGGAAAGGAUACCAAGAUGUGAUCGUUGAGGAAAAGUGGGAUUUGAAGCCCUGGGGUGAGCAUUUAAAAGAUUUACUGGACUUCCUUGUUAGAUAAUGGGGAGCCAUCCUCAGAAAAAAUGUUCCCAACUUCCAACAAAAAGUUGGGUUUUCAUGCCCGGUGCUGCCAGAAAAAAAGAGUCCCACUAUUUAAACACAGAAUGUUGCAGUAACUGUGGAAAAAUGGCAU